AUGGUUCCAAGAUCGUCACGUGAUCGUCGCGCGCCUGACCCCCCUCCUGGUAGCGUAGCACUCCUCCUGGCAACCCUCUUGGAAUCCGAAGCUCCUGGCACUCCCUCGAACUCCCUCCUGGCGCACUCCCUCUGGAACUCCCUCCUGGAACUCCCUCCCACUCCCUCCACUCCACUCCUCCUGGCUGGAACUCCCUCUUGGAACUCCCUGGCUCCCUCUUGGGAACUCCCUCCCUGGAAACUGGAGAACUCCCUCCUGGAACUCCCUCUCUGGCUCACUCCUGGACUCCUCUACUCCCUCCUGGAACUCCCUCCUGGCUGGGCUGGCUGGAACUCCCUCCUGGCAUCCCCUCUUGGAACUCCCUCCUGGAACUCCCUCUGGCACUCCCUCCGGGACUCCCUUCCUUGGAACUCCCUCCUGGAACUCUCCCUCCUGGCACUCCCUCCUGGAACUCCCUUUGGCACUUCGCCUCCUGGCACUCCCUCUGGCCACUGGAACUCCCUUGGAACUCCCUCCUGGAACUCCCUCCUGGCACUUCCUCCCCCUCCUGGAACUCCCUCUCCUGGAACUCCCUCUGGCACUCCCUCCUGGCAGUCCUCCUGGACUCCCUCUUGGAACUCCCUCUCCUGGAACUCCCUCUGGAACUCCCUCCUGGCCUCCUCUUGGAACUCCCUCCUGGAACUCCCCUGGCCUCCCUCUGGCACUCCCUCCUGGACCUCCUGGCACUCCUCACUUCCUCCUGGAAACUCCCCUUUGCAACUCCUCCUGGCAACUCCCUCCUGGCACUCCCUCCUGGCACUCCUCCUCUCUGGAACUGCCCUCUGGCACUCCCUCUUGGAACUCCCUCCCUGGAACUCCCUCCUGGCAUCCCGAACUCCUCCUUCCCUCCUGGAAUCCCUCUUGGAACUCCCUCCUGGACUCUCCUCUUGGAACUCCCUCCUUGGCACUGCCCUCUUGGAACUCCCUCCUGGAACUCCCUCCUGGAACUCCCUCUUGGAACUCCCUCCUGGAACUCCCUCCUGGAACUCCCUCCUGGAACUCCCUCCUGGCACUCCCUCUUGGAACUCCCUCCUGAACUCCCUCCUGGAACUCCCUCUGGAACUCCCUCCUGGCACUCCCUUCUUGGAACUCCCUCCUGGAACUCCCUCCUGGCACUCCCUCCUGGAACUCCCUUCCUGGAAACUCCCUCCUGGCACCCUGGAAACUCCCUCUGGAACUCCCCUCCGGCCUUCUGGCACUCUCUUGGAACUCCCUCCUGGAACUCCUCCUGGAACUCCCUCUCUCCUGGGAACUCCCUCCUGGAAACUCCCUCCUGGAACUCCCUCUGGAACUCCUGGGAACUCCUCCUGGAACUCCCUCCUGGAAUCCCUCCUGGACUCCCCUCCUCUUGGCACUUCCCUCCUGGAACUCCCUCCUGGAACUCCUCCUGGCACUCCCUCCUCCCUCCUGGAACUCCUGGCUCCUGGAACUCCCUCUUGGAACUCCUCCUGGAACUCCCUCUGGAACUCCCUCCUGGAACUCCCUCCUGUAGCGAUUCCACUCCGAAGAUUCUAUGGUAAUUCCGUUCCUAAUUCCAAGUUAGUAUUCCAGUAUUCCAGGUUCCCAGUCGGUGUUCCAGUUCCAGAGUCUAGAUCGGCGGUUCAUUUCCGAUUCCAAGGCGGUGUUCCAGUGCUAAUUCCAGCGCCCUCGUCGCCGCCGCCGCCAGAAGAGCAGUGCCAACAUCCGGGGUUUUGGCUGACGCGGCGGAUCUCUCGGUGCCAACCUCUGGCCCUCUCUGCUGCUGCCAUCGGGAAACCCACAGAAGAACCUGACAACCGAACACCUAAAGCCACCGACGGGCCCCAACCUCCUCCUCGCAGCAGCGGCAUCACCCCGUUCCCAGCGCCGCCGCCGCCGCCCGGGCAGGGACAGCUGACUUACCUGCAGCGUCAUCGAGCGCCAGGAGCUACUGGGAGAAACUUGUUUUAA